CCGCAAUGUAUAUACCUAGUUAAUUAUUUUAUGGUAUAUACAACCCGUAAUACAUACCUCCAUGGCUAUGCUAUAUCUAUACCCGCCAUACCUAGGCAAACCGUUAAACAAAACAAACUGGUGCAUCAAUGCAUUUUUGCAGGUAAGCACAGCAGCCACACAGUGAGAAAUCAACAAGACAAGAAAAAUGUUUUGGUGAUUCAUUAUUUAUUCCUGUUUUAAAUGAAGACUGACCAAUGAUAUUCUAAAUCUAAAAUGAAAAAUAUUAUCCUAAUAUUUUAUUUUUAUAACAUAAUAUAUGGCUUUGAGGAUGACCUCAUCGGUUGUUUUAAAGACAUGCCAAAGAACAGGAGCAUAUAUUUGGCUGAAAUCCAAGGAGAAGAGGAUUGUAUGAAUACUUGCUUUAAAAGAUAUUAUAGAUUUUUUAGUUUUUAUAAAGGACACUGUUCUUGUGGAAAUUUUCUUGGGGAACAGCUUACAAAUACAACUUGUGACUCAUAUUGUAAAAAUAAUCAAUGCGAUGCCUUAACACAACUAACAAAUGUAUAUACAACUGCAAACAUGGUACCUGGUCCACCUCGUGAUCUUAAAAUAAUAAAUAUAACAAGUAACAGCAUGAGAGUUUAUUGGAAAGAACCUGAGUCAUAUGUUGAAAUAACUGGAUAUGAAGUAAGGGUUGAACCAGUGAAAACUUUUUCACAUUAUCCUAUACAACCAAUGGAGUGGUCUUAUGGAAACGGCACCUUUCAAAGUGAAAUAUCAACGCUUCUGUCUGCUACUAAAUAUAAUAUAAGUAUAUAUUCCAUAUAUAGUGAAGGAAAAGGAGCUAGUGUAAAUAAACUCAUAGAAACAAGAUUGGCUGAGCCAGAUAAUUUACCACCACAACCAGAGAUAUUAAGCAAUGAGGGAGAUAAAAUAAAAGUCAGGCUAACAGGAACUACAAAUAACAAUGGCCCUAUUACAGCUUACAGAAUUAUUGUUGUAAAGUCUGAUGACAAUCAGGCAUUUGAUAAAGACAGUAUAUUAUCAUUUAGUGAAGCGCAGAAAAAUGGUUUGAGUUACUAUAUAGCUGCAGAGAUAAAACCAAAUGAUAUUGAGAGGGAUUUUAUAGUGGGUGAUGGCAGGAGGUAUGGAUCAUUUUACAAUGCUCCUCUAGAUCCAAGUAUUAAUUAUGAUAUAUUACUUGGAUUAGUAAGUUAUUUUAAUGGUGAAACCAAAGUUGCAUACAGUCAGGCUAGUGGAUACAGAAAUGGCAUUUCAAUAUUAAAUGUUUAUGAUGGAAAUAGUCAGGGUGAUUCCCCUGGUGUUAUAAUAGGCUUAUCAGUUGCCAUAGGUUUCCUAACAUUCAUGUUUAUCACAGGCAUUAUUGGUUUUCUUAUAUUAAAAAGUAAAAUAGUUAACAGACGUCAAAGACUAUCUGAUAAUCAAGAGCUUACUUUACAAGGACCCAUGAUUGAAGUUGAAAAUAAUGGGUAUAUACAUGAAGAAGACCACAUUUCUGCUGUAAGCCAUUACAGGAAUCUCAAACAGAAGGUUAGAACUUUAUCACCUAGUCAGCUAAAAAUCGAACCAACUAAUUUACUAGGAGUGGGAAAGUUUGGUAAAGUUAAUAGUGGCACUUUACAUGAAUCUGACAUUCUAACCACUGUCACUUGCUAUAGUAUUUAUGACAAAAAGAUGAACCAGGAAACUAAGAAAAGUAUGUUGCAAGAAUUGGAUGUGUUAAUUAAGACUGGGAAACAUGAGAACCUCAUUAACCUUAUUGGUACAUCAGAAACAAGAGAAAUGGUGGUUGUAGUUAUGGAAUAUGCAUCAAUGAAUUUAAAAGAUUUUCUUUUGGGAAGCCGCGACCAUUUUCCUGGAAAAUUUAGUAGUAUGACGGAAAAACAAGCUUUGGACAUUGCUCUAGGAAUAUGUAAAGGAAUGGGACAUCUUCAUAAUUCAAAUAUUAUUCAUAAGCAACUUUGUGCUAGAAGUAUAUUAAUAACAAACGACUUAGUCCCAAAAGUAGCAAGUUAUGGAUUAGCUCAAUAUUUCAGCCAUAAUAAAAUUCCAGACUAUACAAGAUGGACAGCGAUGGAGGUUUUCAAAGGCAAUCAGCAUACUAUGAAAAGUGAUAUAUGGUCAUUUGCUUGUUUGCUAUGGGAAAUUGUGGCUUUAGGUGGAACCCCUUAUGGAAAUAUAUCAAGUAAUAAUGAAGUACCUGCAAAUUUAAGCAAAGGUAUUCGUUUACCGCAAUUGAGUUAUGUUAAUGAUGAUUUAUACCAAAUAAUGCUGGACUGUUGGCAGUUGGUGCCAGAUGAAAGACCAAAGUUUGAAGAUUUAUUAGAAUCUUUAGAAUCUCUAAGAGGAAGUAAUUUAGUUCAUUCAUUAAGCUUUAGUAUAUUUUCCAAUUUUCAGUAUGAACAGUUCUAUCCUGACAUGGAAUUAUCUGUUCGACCUGUAUUUUAAAAAUCUCAAUAAUUAUGUACUUAAAAAAACAAGCAGCAAUUUUACAUUAUGCAAAUUUUAAAUUUAUCAAUUUUUGUGAUUUAAAUAUAUUUUUUUUAAUAUGUACUCUUGUUAUUGCAAAGUGGAUAUUUAUAAAUUAAUUUUAGUGUCAGUAUUAACGCUAUCAAUACAUUCCAUUUUAAGUGAAACAAACCAAGUCUUUAUUUUUAUUA